AGCAAAAAAGGGCCGGGUGGUAAAGGGCCCUCAGCAGCCUUACUGGAAUCGCAGAACAAGACUGGAUAGUGUAGCUAUCUGGCUAGGGCAGGGGCAACAGCGAUCCACACACGCACCAGAACCGGCACUAUGGGAGGCGAGCACCUAGUUCUCGACCCGGCCAUCCGGGACUGGGUCGUAUUUCCGCUGAUGCUCAUGGUGAUCCUGGUGGGAGUUCUGCGACACAACAUCACGGCUCUUCUCAAGGCGGACAAGCCUCUGGACAAGGAAGAGCUCAGCUACAAACAAACCCUGACGAGGGCGAAGCGGCUGAGGGGCAACGGGCGUUUUAUCUGCCGGGAGGCUUUCUCGCGGCGAAAGGGCUACUUCACGGCGAAGGAAGGGGGGCUGCUGCGGCAGGAGGACCUCCCGGGACAGGCCAACCCCAUGGCAAACCCCGACAAAAUGAUGGGGCCCAUGAAGAGCCAGAUGGGGUUCGUGGGCACGAACAUGUUCAUGAUGGCGUUCACCUCGUACUUCUUCGAGGGAUUCGUGCUCGUCAGAGUUCCGUUCCCCCUAACCAACCGUUUCAAGGUGAUGCUUCAGAGAGGGGUGCAGCUGAGCACGCUGGACGCUAGCUACGUGUCGUCGACAUCGUGGUACUUCCUGGUGAUGUUUGGCCUUAAGUCUGUCAUCAACCUGUUCCUUCGGGAGACCCCUGUUCAGCGCGAGGCGAAAGUUAUCCAGUCUCAGCUGGGGGUGGGCGCGGCGUCCAUGGGUUUCGACGUCAAGAAAGUCUAUGCCUCGGAGGCGGACAGCUUGGAUCUGGCUCCGCACGAGUGGUUGUUAAACGACGUGGAAAAAAGACUUCUGGGAAGCAAGUACCCCUCGACAUCGGUGUACGACUUGGCGGGGAUGCACGAUGACAGCUCUGCAAUGUUUGGGGCGAACGGCGGAGGGCGGGCCGCGCAGAAGACUCCCAAGGGCAGCGGCGGAAAGAAGCGACCCAGCGGAAAACGAAGCGACUAACGAGAGUCGGUUCAUUGCUGUCUGUGUUGUGCCUAGUGUGCUGUCAAAACCGUCGUGUUUUCUUUUGUUCGGUUCUGAUGGCCAUGUGCCAAGGAGUGGUGAAAGGUGGGGUCAUCUGAUUGGCUGACCGGAGAGAAAGAGAGUUGAGCAGCAGAGACAAUGUCCGAGAUAUUCUUUAUUCUUGAGAGGAACCACCGCUUGAGGAAUUUUGCCGCGUCAAGUAUUUUGCAUGUCAAAUACGUGUGGAUAUCCCAGUCAAUCGUUGUCCAACAUCCCGGCCUCUCCCGCAUGUCUGAGAUUCUUAAGGGUACGCACGGUGUGCUGCUUGCUGUGGGUGCACACCACACCUGGGUCCUUCUUUCCUUCCUCCCUUAGUUCUCUGAGGACGCCAUUCUUGGCCGCAUGCCAGCCUUGACCGAUGCUGUCAACUCACACGCACCAGCGGCAUCAGAACCAGCACACCCAGUCUGAUUUCUGAUCCAAGGUUGGACUUUUUUUGUCACGGGCACCUUCACACUCUCGCACCUAGGGCUGCCUUGCUGGCUUCUCCCAGUGCACGACGUACUGGUCUUGUCUUCGUAAUGACUUGGCGAAGGGCGAUGCUGCGAGGUACCUGGUACGUGUCUGGUGUGAUUUCGACAUUGCACGGGUGGAAAUCAGCUCGACACAAGUUGCACAUGCGGCAGCACACGCCGCAAUGCUUACCUGUUCGAUCUGUGUGGUCGUUGAUUCUGUUGGGGGGGUCGGGGUGUAAAGGAUGGCGGUGGUGGACACUCCCAGGUCCAUCCGGUGAGUUGGAUUACAAUUUCAACUUUCUGAUUUACUGCGUUGUA